AAGCAUAACUACACCAUGAUGCCUGAUUCAAUAAGAUGCUCAGGAAGCAUUGAUACCCGUGAACUGCGCUUCUCACGUGCAAUGAUCUUCGCCAUCGAGGAGAUUAACAACAGCACGGAGCUGCUGCCGGGCAUCAAACUCGGUUAUCAGAUCUAUGACUCGUGUGCCUCUGUGCCUGUAGCGGUGCAUGUGGCAUUCCAGCUGUCAGGUGGCCUGGACCCGGUGUUUGACACCGGCGACAAUUGUUCACAAUCUGGUAAAGUGAUGGCCAUUGUUGGUGAGUCUGGGUCCACACCAUCCAUCAGCAUGUCUCGCAUCAUCGGGCGCUUUAACAUUCCUCAAGUUAGUUACUUUGCCACUUGUGCAUGCCUGUCCGAUAAGCAGCAGUACCCAAGUUUCUUCAGAACGAUUCCAAGUGACCAGUUCCAGGCUGACGCGCUGUCAAAGCUGGUAAAACACUUUGGUUGGACUUGGAUAGGUGCUAUCCGAUCGGACUCGGAUUAUGGAAACAAUGGCAUGGCGUCGUUCCUGAACGCAGCACACAAAGAGGGGAUCUGUGUGGAAUAUUCUGAAUCUUUCUAUCGGACCAACCCACGAAGCAGGAUCCAGAGAGUAGCCGACAUUAUCCGCAGGUCGACAGCUAUGGUUAUUGUGGCAUUCACAUCCUCUGGAGACUUGAGGAUUCUGCUGGAAGAGCUGUCGCUCAAGCCCUCUCCACCUCGCCAGUGGAUAGGCAGUGAGUCCUGGGUAACUGACCCAGACAUGCUGAGGUUCAGUUUCUGUGCUGGAGCAGUCGGAUUUGGCAUUGAGCGGUCUGUCAUUCCAGGUCUGAGAGACUUCCUGCUGGAUGUCUCUCCCUCUAAAGUGGCUGCCUCUCCAGUGCUAACUGAGUUCUGGGAGGAUGCGUUCAACUGCAGGUUGGGAAAAAAAGCAGCCACAGACAAGACUGCGUGUGAUGGAACUGAAGACAUAGAGAUGAUCCAGAGCCCGUACACUGACACAUCUCAGCUCCGAAUCACUAACAUGGUCUACAAGGCUGUUUAUGCAAUAGCACAUGCCAUUCAUAAUGCAGUGUGUCAGGAAACACAUUCUAUAGCCCAUUGUGACAAACUGAGCAGCAUAGAGUCCAAACAGGUUCUCACUCAAUUGAAAAAAGUCAAUUUUUCCCAAAAUGGUUAUCAUGUGUCAUUUGAUGACAGCGGGGAUCCUGUGGCCACAUACGAGCUGAUUAACUGGCAAAAAACUGAGAGUGGCAGCAUUGAGCUGGUGGCAGUAGGGCACUACGAUGCAUCACUGCCAGUGGGACAGGAACUCCGCAUCAACAAGAACCUCACCUGGGUGGAGGGUGGCACACAAGUGCCUGUGUCAGUGUGCACUGACAGCUGUCCUGCAGGAACUCGUAAAGUGCUGCAGAAAGGAAAACCCAUCUGCUGUUAUGAUUGUAUACCUUGUCCUGAGGGGGAGAUUAGUAACGCUACAGAUUCCCCUGAUUGUUUCCUUUGCUCCAAGGAAUUAUGGCCCAAUGCAAAGAGAGACACUUGUCUCCCAAAGCCUGUAGAGUUUCUUUCCUUCAACGAGGCCCUAGGAACCAUCCUGGCUACAUUCUCAGUUGGUGGUGCCUGUCUUGCCAUUAUAACAGCGGCUGUGUUCCACCGUUACAGGACAUCCCCGAUUGUCAGAGCCAACAACUCUGAGCUGAGCUUCCUGCUGCUCUUCUCUCUGACUCUCUGUUUCCUAUGCUCCUUAACCUUCAUUGGAGCACCCUCUGAGUGGUCCUGCAUGCUGCGCCACACAUCGUUUGGGAUCACCUUCGUCCUCUGCAUCUCUUGUGUUCUUGGAAAAACAAUAGUUGUGUUAAUGGCUUUCAAAGCUACUCUCCCAGGUGGUAAUGUUAUGAAAUGGUUUGGUCCUCCACAGCAAAGGAUGACUGUACUGUCUUUCACCUUCAUUCAAGUUAUAAUAUGUACUCUUUGGUUGGUUCUUAGUCCUCCUUUUCCAAUGAAAAACCUAACCACAUACAAGGAGAGAAUCAUCCUGGAGUGUGCAUUAGGCUCAGCUAUUGGGUUCUGGGCUGUGCUCGGGUACAUCGGCCUGCUGGCUGUCUUUUGCUUUGUGUUAGCUGUCCUAGCCCGGAAACUACCUGAUAAUUUCAAUGAAGCCAAGCUUAUCACCUUCAGCAUGCUGAUAUUCUGUGCAGUCUGGGUCACCUUCAUCCCAGCAUAUGUCAGUUCUCCUGGGAAAUUUACUGUGGCUGUGGAGAUAUUUGCCAUUCUUGCUUCCAGUUUUGCACUAAUAUUGUGUAUAUUUGCUCCAAAGUGUUUCAUCAUAUUGUUUAAACCAGAGAAAAACACCAAGAAACAUUUAAUGAACAAAAAUCAAUAUUAAAACAUAAAGUUUGGCGAAAACUAAGAUGGCAAUUGAAGGGACUUUUCAUACAAAUACCUAAACCACAGAGGACAAAGAGGGAUAACUUGUUUCACAUGUGUGCUCUUGGUUAAAAUGUAAUCAACGAUUAUUUUGUAUUUUAAACAUAUAUGCUCAUUAGCAUAAUGUAAAUUGUAGCAUUGUACAUAUUAAAUCUCUGUUUCAAUUCAUCAUGUUCAUAAUCUAAGCAUGCCAGCCGUUCUCUCACUCCAACACGUCACUCCGAAUUCAAAGAAUUGUUCUACACACCUGAUUUUCAUCACCUGUAGUUUACCUAUUAGUGCACUUCUUAAAUAGAUGCUCCAAUCUGUUUUCAAUGUCAGAACUGCAUGU